CUACGCUACUGGUUCUCUUCUUCGCGAGAUAUCUAGGGUACCAGACACGCGAAAAUUUUGAUUUGUUCUAUUAUGAAAAACAAACUGCUUUAUACAAAUUCGCUGUAAUCGCAAUGUUGAGUGACAGUGUUUCACAGUGGGACAGAUGUACUAUUGAAAACAAUCUGCACAUAUGUUAUCAUGGUGAAUAUCUGGAAACGGUUUCAGAAGUUUUAGAAAAGAUCCCCAAAAUUGAGGAAUUAACUGAGGAACAGAAAUCGUAUUGUGAAGAAGUUAAGCGUUAUCUUGAAAAAAUAGACGGCGAUAUUGCAACAACGCACAAACUGAAAUUCCGUCCACAAAAGUUUUUAGCUGUCCUAGAUGAAAUUUAUGAAAAAUUUGAUGAAGACAAACAACAUACUGAGUUAUUUUUGAAGAGAGCUGUGAUGAAAUUUUUAUUAGACCUGAGCAGAUUUGGAGAGGAUAUACAAAAUUCAGAACAAGCUGAGGAAGGUUGCUCUACAAGAUUAAUUUGUUCCUUUGUUGAAAUGUGUUGUUUACAUUCUGAGAUAUCUUUAGAUAAAGGGGACUGUACUAUAUGGAAGAAUUUUCAAGGAAUGACAGAAGUCACUUCACGCCCAGACAUUCGUCUAUACAGCUAUGGCAUCAAAACUGCAAAAACUGCAGCAUCAAGGUCAAAGAUUCCAGUUUCUGUUGUUGAGGUUAAGAAAAGUGAUGAAAAACAGUAUGGAGAAUCAGAAUUAUUAGACCCUCUGACAGAAAGGUUAGAGAGUACUGAUCUAUCUUCAUCAACCAGUUCCUUAGCAUCAUCUGAAGAUUCAUUUAGGAAGCUUCCCAUUGAAGAAUAUUUGAUGACCAGUAAAUCUCUAGGACUUCAUGCAGGACAAUUACUGCUUGAACUUCAUAAAUGUCAUAAAGAUUACAAGAAUUGUCCAAUUUUAACAAUGUCAGGAAUGAUAAUAGAUGGAACAAAGGUGUUCUUUACAGUGUUAGAGAUGAAAAGUGAACAUUUAAUCAAGCUGGAAAAUAAUGAAGAGUUGGAUGAAGAUGACAAGGCAGUGAUUUAUUAUUCUAAGCCUUUUGAUUUGAUUUAUUCUGAUGAACGAAGUAUUUUGAUUGAUAAUAUCAUGAGACUUAAUAAUAUUGAGUUGUAAAAAAAAGUAAACAACUUUUGUGUAUAA